AUGCGUUCACUUUUGGCGAUAUUGUUUUUAUGCGUAUGUGGAUCUAAGGCCGCUGCACCGUCGUGCUCGUACGAAGGUCGUGGCACACUCUCGUCGACGUGUUACAAUGCGAACGCGGCUUACUUCCGUAAGACGACCUACAGGUUUGACAACCUGGACGAAACGGUCCGAUGCGUCAACUGCACUCUGCAAAUAAUCGAGGGCGGCACGUUCGAUCUCUCAGGCAACCAAAUUAAAAAUUUGAUACUGAACAACGCCCAAAUCACCGUCCUCAAACCGAAAUCGUUCAUCGGCCUCGUCUUCCUCCGCGUACUCGUCCUGAGCGACAACAACAUCGUGUCCGUUCCCCCGGAAACGUUCCAAGGUAUUGCCAAGGUCGAGGUACUCGAUAUGGAGCGCAACAGCCUGACAUCCCUCAAAGCCAACGGAUUUAAGGAGCUUACCAACCUACGUAAACUUAACCUGAAAGACAAUCGCAUCAAGGAGAUCGAAAACGGCUCCUUCACGGGCCUGGGGUUGCUAGACGAGCUGAACCUCGCCAACAACGACAUCUUUGACUUGUCGGCGAUCUUCACGGGACUCGAGAACAUUGCCCUGGUGAACUUGGAAGGAAAUAAAAUCGCGACCAUCACCUCGGGCGACCUGCCACUCCUGAGAAAGCUGAGCCAAUUAAACUUGGCGGGGAACUCGCUGAAGAAACUCAGGGCGAACGAUUUUCUCCCACUUCCCCGUCUCGAGACGCUCAACAUCUCGUCGAACCCGAUCGACGCAAUCGAAAUGGGCGCGUUCCGAGGUUUGGGAGCGCUCGAGAGCCUCGACCUGAGCAACUGCAUGAUCGCGAGCAUCCAACGGGGUUUGCUGUCGGCCCUGCACGAGCUGCGACUGCUGGAUCUGUCGCACAAUCGCCUGGAGAUCUUUCAAACCGGAGUCUUCUCGGGCAUACCGGAACUGAGGAGGCUGAACAUGUCGCACAACAAAAUCGCGAGCUACGAGAAGACAGGGAUAUUUCCGUUGCAUAGUCUGCACAUUCUGGAUCUGUCUAGUAACAGUCUGGAGGAUUUGGACUACAAGCUGCUCGUCCACCAUCUCCCGUCUCUGUCGCAUAUCGCCUUGGAGAAUAACCCCUGGCCCUGCUACCUGAAGAAGGAGAUGGAGGAGCUGUUCGUGCACGAUAAUCUCGUUUUCGAUUUGGGGAAGGUGGAGGUGUGCAACGACACGAGACCGAAGAUUAGCGAGCCUAUCGUCAAGGAACCGAUAACAAUGGACGAGGCGAAGCCGAACUCUACCGGCCACGAUUACGCCCUCUACGUGCUCGUGAGCUUUGGAUUUAUCGCGAUUGUCGCUCUGUUCGUGUUGCACAUGCGCACUAAGCGCGACAUUGAGAGACUCGUGGGAAAGUAUAACGUCUCGGAAACGCAUCUCAUAUCGCACACCACAGAGGAAAAUAAUUACUAA